CAGGAGAUCAUCUGUUGGACAGGGAAACUAAUCAGGAGCCAAGUAAAGACUUUUCAGUGCUGCUAGCUCCAGGGCUAGCGAGCUCCCACACGACUGUUGUAUUGAGUUGUUUUUAUUUCAAGUCAAGCACAGUUUCUCCGCUGUGCGUCACAAACAACACUGGCGCGAUGUUUUAGGAAGAGUUUGUGGCGCUUAAAGUGACACGCCAGAGAGCCAGCUGAAGCUCGGCGGCUAGCUCGUUAACUAACGUUAGCUGUUGGGGAAAUAAGUGCGAGCGGAGGCGAGAGAAAAUGGAGCUGGACGACGUCGUCCUGUACCAGGAUGACUCGGGCAACUCCACCGUGAUGUCCGAGCGCGUCACCGGGUUGGCCAGCUCCAUCUACCGCGAGUUCGAGCGGCUCAUCGAGAAGUACGACGAGGACGUGGUGAAGGAGCUGAUGCCGCUGGUCGUAGCCGUGCUGGAGAACCUGGACUCGGUGUUCGCUGUCAAUCAGGAGCACGAAGUGGAUUUGGAGCUCCUGAAGGAGGACAACGAGCAGCUCGUCACCCAGUACGAGCGAGAGAAAGCGCUGAGGAAACACGUAGAGGAGAGGUACAUCGCCUUUGAAGACUCCCUGGACGGGGAGAAGAAGGACCUCCAGCGUCGCCUGGAGUCUCUGGAGUCUCACACUCGCCACCUGGAGCUGAAAACUAAGAACUAUGCAGAACAGAUCAGCAGAUUGGAGGAGAGAGAGGCAGAGCUCAAAAAGGAGUAUAACACCCUUCAUCAGAGACACACUGAGAUGAUCCACAGCUACAUGGAGCACCUGGAGCGUACCAAACACCAACACAUGGUGGCGCCAGCAGAGCCGUCGGAUGCAGUCACGUCGGCAAGAACGCGGAAGGAGCGUCCCAUCUCCAUGGGCAUAUUCCAGCUUCCUGGCGCUGAUGGCGUGACCCCCGACCUGCACCGGGAACCCACGGACCCCUCGGCCGAACCAUGGAGAUUCAACAACCUCAGCCACCCGCAGUCCAACACAAGCCUCAAGUUCUUCCCUGUGUGUUUGGAAGCUGAAGGUUCACGAGAGAAUUCACAGAAAGAGGAUCAGGACGAGUUCGCCGGUUUGACUCCCUCCAAAUCCAGUUCUCCAAACUCCAAAGGCGGAGCUCAGGGUGGAGGACCCUCUCAGGAUGGUACCUCUAAAUCAAACGCGUCCACAUCUCCUCGUGAUGGGAAGUCCAGCAGUAUGAGUUCUGCGUCCAGUCAGGCCGGUGGGAACAUGUCCGCCACGCCGCUGUCCACCACAGCUUCAGAUGUGACCAUGGAGUCUGUGAACUCUCCUCUCCAGGAACAAGAAGGUUCGGACAGGAUCAACAAAAAUCUGGACCGGAACAGCGGGAAACCAGAGAGCAAUAAGAACAUCUCGGUGGUACAAGGGGGACAACAGGAGUCCACACCCAUCAAAGACGGAGCAGAAAACGUGGAGAAGUCUGAGGUGCAGAAGAUCAUAGAGUCCACUCCGGAACUCAAUAUGGACCUCGAGGGCUGCAGAGGAACCAGCACGCCGGCUAAAGGCGGCAUCGAGAACCUGGCGUUCGGCCGGAACACGGACUCUCUGUUCGAGGAGCUGUCGUCCGCGGGGAACGACCUGAUCGGAGACGUGGAUGAUGGAGCAGACCUGCUGGGUAUGGGACGGGAAGUGGAACAUCUGAUUCAUGAGAACACGCAGCUGCUGGAAACCAAAAACGCUCUGAACGUGGUGAAGAAUGAUCUGAUCUCACGCGUGGACGAGCUGUCGUGCGAGAAGGAGGUUCUUCAAGGAGAACUGGAGGCUCUGAGUCAGGCCAAGGGCAAACUGGAGGAGAGGAACAAGGAGUUAGAGGAGGAACUCAGGAAGGUUCGAGUAGAGUUGGAAGAGUCCAAACACAAAGUCAAAAAUGACAACGAGGACGAUAGCGACGUGCCCACAGCGCAGAGGAAGCGCUUCACCAGGGUGGAGAUGGCUCGCGUCCUGAUGGAGAGGAACCAGUACAAGGAGCGACUGAUGGAGCUGCAGGAGGCCGUCAGAUGGACCGAGAUGAUCCGAGCUUCAAAGGAGAAUCCGUCUCUUCCAGAGAAGAAGAAAUCCAGCCUCUGGCAGUUUUUCAGCCGUCUGUUCAGCUCGUCGGGUGCCGCCGCCAAGAAGCCGGCGACGACGGAAGCCCCGGUCAACGUCAAGUACAACGCGCCCACCUCUCAGAUUCAGCCGUCGGUGAAGAAGAGGAGCAGCGCGCUGCAGCAGCUGCCCAGCGACAAGAGCAAGGCCUUUGACUUCCUCAACGAAGAAGUGGCGUCAGACAAAGUGGUUUCCAGACGAGAGCAGAAGAGAGAGCAGUACAAACAGGUCAAAGCUCACGUGCAGAAGGAGGACGGCAGAGUGCAGGCGUACGGCUGGAGUCUGCCCAAGAAAUACAAAGUCAACGGAGGUCAGACGGAGAGUAAGAUGAAGAAUCUGCCCGUUCCUGUUUUCCUCAGACCGCUGGACGAGAAAGAUGCUUCUAUGAAGCUGUGGUGUGCCGCUGGUGUGAAUCUCUCUGGAGGUAAAACCAGAGACGGCGGCUCCAUCGUGGGAGCCAGCGUCUUCUACAGUGACGUCCCCGGACCUGAGAGUCCCACACGGGGGACGGGCUCUCAGACUAGCCUGGACAAACUGGACCAAGACCUCAAGGAGCAGCAGAAGGAGCUGAGGCAGCAGGACGAGCUGUCGUCGCUGGUGUGGAUCUGCACCAGCACACAGUCCACCACCAAAGUUGUCGUCAUCGACGGCAAUCAGCCCGGAAACAUCCUGGAGAGCUUCUUCAUCUGUGACUCGCACGUGCUCUGCAUCGCCAGCGUGCCUGGUGCAAGAGAAACCGACUACCCCGCAGGUGAAGAAGUGCCUCCAAACUGCCACGCAGGACCAGCGGGAGACGACGGCUCCUGUGUGACCGACGUUAGCUCGGCAGGCGGCGGCGGCGGCGGCGGCGUGCUCGGAGGCAUCACCGUCGUCGGCUGUGCAGCUGAAGGAUCCGCCGCUGUUCCCCAAACGGCAGACGGUGCAGGAGGAGAUGGAGAAUCUGAAUCCAGAGCAGCAGCAGAAGAAGCCACGGAGGCGACGGAGGUCAGCGCUGGGAUGUCUGACCACAGAGGGACUCUGAGGGGCGUCUACACCGAGCACGUCUUCACCGACCCGCUGGGAGCUCAGCAGACGCCGGAGACAUCAGAGACGCCAGAGACGUCAGAGACGUCAGGCAGCUACACUCAGAGGGAGAGCGAUCUGCUGAAAGACGGCGUCGGCUCAGACUCCACAGCCACAGCCGAGGAGCAUCAGGACCUGAUGAUGGAGGAGGCUCAGAAGAUGAGCAGCGUUCUGCCCACCAUGUGGCUCGGAGCACAGAACGGCUGUGUGUACGUCCACUCGUCUGUCGCUCAGUGGAAGAAAUGUCUCCACUCCAUAAAGCUGAAGGACUCUGUGCUCGGCAUCGUACACGUGAAAGGACGAGUACUGGUCGGACUCGCUGACGGCACGUUAGCCGUUUUCCACAGAGGAGUGGACGGACAGUGGGACCUGACAAACUACCACCUGCUCGACCUGGGUCGACCUCACCACUCCAUCCGCUGCAUGACCGUCGUGCACGACAAGGUGUGGUGCGGCUACAGGAACAAGAUCUACGUGGUGCAGCCCAAAGCCAUGAAGAUAGAGAAAUCAUUCGACGCUCACCCCCGCAAGGACAGUCAGGUGCGCCAGUUGGCCUGGGACGGAGACGGCAUCUGGGUGUCCAUCAGGCUGGACUCCACCCUCAGGUUGUUCCACGCUCACACCUUCCAGCACCUGCAGGACGUCGACAUCGAGCCCUACGUCAGCAAGAUGCUGGGAACGGGGAAACUGGGCUUCUCGUUUGUGAGGAUCACGGCUCUCAUGGUGUCGUGCAAUCGUCUGUGGAUCGGCACUGGAAACGGAGUCAUCAUCUCCAUCCCUCUGACAGAGUCCGCCGCCAAGGCCAUCAAAGCGGCAGGAAACCAUCCGGGAAGUGUCGUGCGCGUCUACGGCGACGACAGCGGCGACAAAGUGACGGCCGGGACGUUCGUCCCUUACUGCUCCAUGGCUCACGCUCAGCUCUGUUUCCACGGUCACCGCGACGCCGUCAAGUUCUUCUCCGCAGUUCCAGGUCACGCCAUCCCGUCUUCGUCCUGUGGAGGAGAGACGGCGGGGGACAAGGCGUUGGACGCCUCUUCUCAGGAAGGAACCAAGUCCAUGCUGGUGAUGAGCGGAGGAGAAGGUUACAUCGACUUCAGGAUGGGCGAUGAAGACGGCGAGGCAGACGCAGGAGAAGACGUCCCCAUCAAACUGCAGCCCUUCCUGGCUAAAGCCGAGCGCAGCCACCUCAUCGUGUGGCAGGUCCUAGUCAACGACGACUGAGACCUGACCAAACCCCCGCAGCCUCAGAGAAAGGAGGAGGAGGAGGAGUUCAGGGAGACUCCUCCUCCUCCUCCACCUCCUCUGCUGCUGCUGCUGCGACAUUAAUCAGCACCUUUUUUCCUCCUCAAACACGAACAAUUAAGCGUAAAACAAGCAAAAACUGGAGCGGGAGCGUUGGUUCACACAAAAACUGCAUGUUUCAAUUUGAUGGAUCUCAUUUUCAAUCUGUUCUGUUUGAUUGUUUAAGGUCCAGCGUGUAAGAAUUUAGUGACAUCUGUUACGUUGCAGCACAAUCCAUCCAUUUUCCAAGCGUGUCAGGAAACUACGGUGACCUUCACAGAGCACAAAGGAUUUGUUCUUUGUUUGCAUAUUGAGCCUCUGUAGAAACACAGCAGCUGCCUCCGUAAAGACGUAAAGUACAUUUAAACAAAGGCUGUUUUAAAAGGCUGCGGAAACCAAAAAUACACUUAUGCAAACAUACGUUCACUCGGUUUCCUAACCGUUACACACUGGACCUUUAAGCGUCAAUACCUUGCUGCUGUUAUAUGAUAGUGGAGCAGCAGUUUUCCAGGUUCCCUCCUCUCAGUCGAUUUAUGGUGAGCUGAUGCUGAAACUAAAGAUAAUCAUCAUCAUCAUCAUCAUGCGGAUUAUUGGUGAAUCUCUAAUGGUUUUGUCGUGUUCAUUUGUUAAUCGAUUGCCAGUUUUGGCAAAAUUCAACAUUUCACGUUUUGUCUAGUUCAUAUUUAAGCAAGACGUGUAUUUAUUUUAGCACAUUUAAUUUGUUUUCAGGCCCUUGUUUAUGUCUCUCUUGGAUUCAAGUCACAGAGUUGAGCGUCACAUUCAAAACAAAGAUGGUAUUGUACAUUAUGUAUUAUAGUACAACGUGUAUUUUCACCGGGUUCCUGAAAAACGCAGCUUGUAGUUGGGGAAAUUAGUUUUUUUUAAUCAUCCAGAAUAUAUAACUUUAUACAAACUCACUACAUGGAUGUCGGGAAAUCUCCCGACAAGUUUAGCAUGGACCGCAAUGAACUUUAGAACGGUUUACGUGUUUCUUAAAGAAAGAGUUCCUCUGAAUUCUUUCAUUUGUCUUUAAUGAAGUCAGUACUUUGGUCCAAAAGCAAAUGUUAUGUUAAAAGAAAAGCCAUAAAAUUAUACAAUACUAUAUUUUCUAGAGCUGCAACUAACGAUUAUUUUCAUACGUUUCAGCUCUAAUAUUUUUCUUAACAACUUGAUUCGAGUACAAACCCUCAUGUGCUAAUGAGCUACAUUCUAGCAUGCUAACAGCCUAUAAUACAAGUGGCAAACACCUGCUAGCAAUGUCUUUAGCAUGUUCAUAUUAGCCUUUAGCAUUUUUUACUCUGCGACUUGAAACAUGAGACGCGUACACUGGGGCUACACUCUUAGUUAGCAGCUAGCUAACGUAAAUGAUCAUUUAAAACAAUAGAAGCAGUUUCUAAAACCACGACAUACGGUGCCUUCAAAUGAAGUCAUGAUAAUAGUGUUAGCUCGGCAACAGCUAGGCUAGCAGGCCUGAUAAAGCAAGAAAUGUUUAAGGAAAGCAGUUAGUCAGCAUUUCUAAACUCUUUAAGAUUGAAAUCACUUCAAUAAAAGUUGAAUCAUUUGAAUUUAAUAUGCUCUGAAAUGAAACUUCAAUUGGCUCCAGCAUGUAUUUAAAAAAACAGUUGCUAGCUCGUGGCUUUCAGAUACGUUCCAUUUGAGUUUGUGACUUCAGCGUUUAAUCAUUUAUUUUGUGAACACCGUUAACUAAGGCUGCAACUAACGAUUGUUGUCAAAAUGAUUCAGUUUUAAUGAUUUUUUUUCCCAGAAAAUAUUUACGUUCAAGAAGCUGAAAAAUCAGAAAUUCUUCAAGAAUCACGUCAUCGGUUUGGCAAUUAAUUUAGUAACCGAUUCAUCAGACAAUCGUUGCAGACCCUACGGUAAAUAUGACCCCAUUUAAAGGCACCAGCACUCAUCAUUUUUGUGUUCUCAUUUAUUUAAUCCAGUGUUACCCUAGAGGGCGCUAACACCCCUCUAGCUCAUAGACGUUUUAAUCAAAUCUGCCUUAGACGUUUAGACGGUUUGAAAGCACUGAGACUCAUCAGGUUUUGACGGUGUUUUAUUUAUUUUUCUCUUGAACCAAUGUCCACGUUUGUUACCAAAGGCUCAAAAGAAUCAUCAUCGAUCUCGAUCGUGAACUAAAGCGACAGUUAACGUGUUGGUGGGUUUUUUGUAACAGAAAUUCCUGGUUAAUAUAGAUGAGAUAUAUUUUUAGAUAUUUUGAAAUGAAAUGAUAUUUUUGCGGUUGUGAGAGAGAAGAACGUGUCGGCGCUGUGACGAUGAGAGGCUGAAACAGACACUGACGGUUUAUACUGACGUUCCCCUGCUUUCUAAUCCUUUAGAGGUCAAGUCUGGAAACUUUUGUCUUUUGUUUUGAUUUUGUUCUCCUGAAGGAAAAUGUUUUAAAUCAAUGAUUUUUUUCUUUCUUUUUUUUAGUCUGUACUCUCUGAACGUACAACUGUAUUUCUGGCCUCUGCACCAGUUCACUGCACUGGUGUGUUCUUUGUUUUGUCCUCUGUGUGAUGAUCAGCGCAAGACGAGGACUGUCCUCGUCCUUUGUGCCUGUGUGUGUGUGUGUGUGUGUGUGUGUGUGCGUGUGUGUGCGUGCGUCAAUGUGUGUGUCCUCUCCACGAGAGGAGAAAAUGAUUAAAUAUUGCAGUUUAGCCAUUUCAGUAUUUAUUUACAAUGAUUGAGCCUUUGCAUUUGAGAAUGUAUCUUUGUACAUUGAAUAUAUAUAUAUAUAUGUAUCUACAUAUAUAUAUAUAUGUCUAUAUAUCCAUAUUCAAUUAUUAUAUACGUGCUAUGAACCAUGAGAAUGACUUGGUUUAGUUGUUUGGACAGCAGUUGUUGUUGUUGGUUUGAUGAUUUGUUUUGUAGGCGGUAACGCUCUCAGCUAUGCACUACGUCUCUGAGAUGGAGGAGGAGUGGCAGUGGCCGCCACGGUGGUGACGGCGGGAUAACCCUGCAGCAUGUUUGACACAGUCGGGAUGGAAAACUAUACAAACAGGUGACUUCACCGCAUCACAACACCACAGAGAUCCACGUCGUCCUCCUCCGAUAGCAGCACACACACAACACCAUCUUUAACUCCUGCAGCAUCUCUAGCCUUAUUUUUAACCAAUUAAAGCAACUUUUGUGGGCAA